AUGUCAAUCAACGGGCUUGUUGUCUUUCUUGCUACUUUGGAACGAAAGAUAGUUGGCCGCUUGUCGAUACCUGAAGCAGACAAGCCACUCCAGCACCGAUCGGUAACGUCAAUCCAAGAGGAAAACCACACAAUGACACUGCACUUGACACCACAACACUUGACACCACAGUUGCAAGUCUCCAACGUGAAGCUUGAUAUUGGUAACCUAUUGGUGCCGACUUACUUCGACGGGCUGAAACAAGUCGAGGAGCAUGUCGAGGAGCACGACGCGGACCAGGUUGAUCAGAACAGGUUAUACAUAGCGGUUGUCCUGAUUCCCUACCAGAAUCUCCGUGCCAUGACUGGUGCCUUCACAACCCCGGCUAUCACGGAGUGCUUCAUCACUCAAGCGCUUGCAGAUUAUCUUCCACAUGCAGAUUUGUGGUUUCAAAUCAAGACAUUCUGCAUGGAAGCUCACAUCCAAAGCUGGCCCGAAGACACAAUCUUGCUCAUCAUCGAGGCGUCUCUUCGUGCUCAAGAUUACGAAGCCUUUGUGCAUGUUGCCAGCAAUGGGCAGAUUGAGUCAUCUCAGAAACUGGUCUCCGCAGUUGAGAAGGCUGUCAUGAUGAGGCCGGGUUGCAUUCAUCAUCCACUGUUAUAG